GGAGCUGCAGUGUGUAUUGGCCACUCUGCGGUGCUUCAGAAUGGCGGAGGGGGGCGGCGGGUGCAGUGGAUACGCGAUGCUGAACGGGGACCGCGGGGGAUGGACCGACUAAUCACCCCGCCGCUCAUUCUGUCAGCAUCAGGACCACAGCCAGACAGAUUUGGAUUUAAAAUUCUACCUUCAGGAAAUAUUAGACUGCAAUAAACUUCACCACUACGAGAUGGAGAUAUAAGAGGACAUAUAUGGAACUCCUUAUCUUUUUAGGCAAAUUUAUGAAAUUGUUGAAUCUAUCUUGAAGACUCGUGUUUCAUAGUGUGCUUGUCAUAUUUGCUGCGAGUGAUACGCGACACGUCGGGAGUCUGCCAUCAUUGAAAUGCGUAAAAACGACCCUUUAACCGAGUCAGCUAUGCGUCUUAUUUUGACAUAUUAGCGUGUGAAUGCGUUGGGCUGUGAAGACGUUAGUGCGCAAAUCCCCGGAUGUUUUUAUUGGUGGUUUUUGUCGCCGCUGCGUGACGGUCUCUGUCCGUGUGUGUUCAGAACCCAGAUCGGUUCCAUACCAUCUCUCAACACUACGGCAGCCUGCGUGCCUCAGAGCUAAAACAAUAACGUGAUAACGGGACACUGUAGCGGGCUGGGGACUGGAUCGGUGUUGCCGCGAUGCACCAGACAGAACAGGCCACCUUGCACUCUACCGUCUGAAGAAAAGGACCAUAGAGGAGCGGAAUCCCUCACUAUAUAAAAUACGUCAUUUUAUCAAACGGUUUCGACCUCAGCAAAUCGACACAGAUUGGGAUUAUUCGAGCAUAUUAAAACAGAGAGAGGAUCAAUGAUUAUUUCCUCAAGGCUCCUUCUUAUCCUCCUUCAACCCUGCAGCACAAGACAGGCAAGAAGAAGACGUGUGGAGGCAGAGAAUGCUGCAAUCUACUGACUGGAAGAUGGGACUCUGACCCCUUCAAGAUCACCUGACCUGAUUGGACCAACCGGAUGUUCAACGCGCCAACCGACGUCUCUGACAGGGCAAAACCAGGAAUUAAAACAUCUUGAUCCUCUAGAGGGACCUUUUUAAAGUCAACUCUCUCCCCCCCACUUCCUUCUGGUGGGGGGGAGGGCAUAGCAGUGAGCCUAUCACAGCUCAGGACUGGUCCUUCAUUAACCAAAGCCUAUCACAGCUCAGGACUGGUCCCUUCGCUAGCCAGUUAGCCUAUCAACAGUGAGGUUACUGAGACCAGGACCAGACCAGCAGCAUGGAGGCUAGUCAGCGCCAUGGCCAGGGCAGCCCAGAGAGCCCUAACCGAGCGGUGGAGUAUCUCCUGGAGCUCAACAACAUUAUAGAGAGCCAGCAGAAGCUCCUGGAGACCCAGAAACACCGUAUCGAUGAGCUGGAGGUUCAAUUAGACCGGCUGGCCCAGGAGAAUAAAGACCUACGCCUCGACCGCCAGCGACCUUUACCCCCUGAACCGCCACCCUGCCCCCCGCCACCACCUGCCACCAAAACAUCCAUACCCUCUGUACCAGUCCGCCCUGUUCAGACCCAGUCUUAUAAUCAUACCAGUACCAACACUACAGCCAUCCAGACACCCACCCCCACAGCCCUUCCAACCCCACCCCCGGUGCCUGUACGGGAUCAACGCAAACCUCAAACCCCCAGUACCAACACUACAGCCAUACAGACACCGACCCCCACAGCCCUUCCAACCCCACCCCCGGUGCCUGUACGGGAUCAACGCAAACCUCAAACCCCCAAGACCCCACGCCGUACCCCCCACACGCCACAAACCCCCAAACGAACCCCAGUCACCACCCAGACCCCACGCACUCCGCAGACCCCCAAACGAACCCCAGUCACCACCCAGACCCCACGCACGCCCCAAACCCCCAAACGAACCCCAGUCACCACCCAGACCCCCCGCACUCCGCAGACACCCAAACGGACCCCCCACACACGGCUGACGCGAACCAUCUCGACCGGAACAGGCACCAGCUUCGUGGAGAUGGAGAAGGAGAGACUGGAGAGGAUGGAGGAAGAGAGGACAGAGAGGACAGAGAGACUUCACAGCUCCACCUUGGGAAACCCCACCAACCACAGACAGUCAGACGGACACUUCAACGAAGACAGGUCACCACCUUAUUCCGCUUGUUGUGCUACUCCUUCUCGUUCCAAUCCACCUACCACCACCACCGUCACUACUCCUGUUCCUAGUUCUACCUCCUCCCUCCACAGCAGUCUGACAGCUAACAGUCAGUCCAGCUCCACCCUCCACCAGUACUGUUGUCCUGCCCGGCUGCUCCUGCCCAAGCCGCAUUGCGCCCUCUCCUCGCCCAGGCACUCGGACCAGGCAAGAGAUGAUGAAGACGAUGACAUCGCCCAUCAGUUCUGUUGCCCCGCCUCCGAGUGCAGUAGCCCAUCCUCUAGUAUCCGAAGAGGAUUCACCUACAGCCACCAGCCAGGUCAACUAAUGAUGAAGAGAUGAUGAAGGAAAAGAAGAAAAAAAUAAAAAAUAAUCUUUCAGAUGUUUUUCUCUCACACACAUAUAUCUAUAUAUAUAUCGAUGUAUCUAUGUCCUUUCUACUGUCCUCUAGUGUCUUUAUCAGGUUUCUCUUUACUCCUUUACAUCUCCUUGUCUUUUAUCUGCUUGUGAAUCUUCCUCUUUCCUUCUCUUGUUCAGUGAGAGAGCACAUGGUGCCCCAUGACAUUUUACAACUCUUAUCUUAACCAUACCAAGGAGAAGAGAGGACCACAAAUCUUCCUAAUUAGAAAAACACUUAGUUUCCAACUCCUCAAACAUUUAAAUAUUCAAAUGUUUUGGGAACAGAAGAGUUCUGCUUUAUGAGUAAAAUAUUUGAAAACUUUAAAAAAAUGGUUUAAGUUAAAACAUAUUUCAGUUUGAGUUCCUUUAUCAACAACAAUAAUAAUAUGGAAAUGGAAAAGUCUUCUACUAGUUUGCAGCAUAGACACAAUAAAACAUUAGGUCUGUUAUAUAUUAGGUCUGACCCAGACCCAGUUAUACAUUAGGUCUGCCCCAGACCCAGUUAUAUAUUAGGUCUG